AUGGGUGAUAUAAGAACUUUUGUUUUCGCUAUAGAAGAUACAGAAACAACGCAAGGACUGUGCAAAAUCAUUGGUCGGUCAAGUUUAUAUAAUCUAGAGAGUCUGUCUAGGCCAUACAAUCUAUAUUUUGAUGACCCAGGACUAAGCAGGAAACAUGCAGUGUUAUGUAUAAAGACACCAAUACCCAAAAUUGAGAGUGUUCCUUCCAUUGAACAACUUCGCAUUUGCAUUCGAGAUUUGAGUAGUAAGAGUGGUACAGUGAACUUAGUGUCUGAUGGACCAAAUGAUGAGAUUGACCUGAGAAGUGGUGAUACAUUUGGUUUGAUUGCAAUUGCUAAUCAUUCUUUACGCGAUAACCAUUAUUUAGCCGCCAAGUUAAUUUUUCGAAUUGAACUUGAGUACUUUGAUAAAGAAAGGGAACUUAUCAAGUGCAUUAUUACGAAUGUGACCUUUGGAAACAAUAAUGCAAUGUUACAUUCCCCUGUUUAUCCUAUAAAAUUUGCAGACGACAGUGAUUCUAGUUGGUACGGAUUAUCAGAAGCCAGUACACAAACGGAAGCUGCAGAUGAGUGUCAUGAAACAAAGACCAUGAUAACUCGAGGUGGUAGGUUUUCCAUCCUUUCACUGAGAAAAAGUGACCGCAAGCAACCCCAGAAGGCUGGUGGUAGCUUUGAUGGCAAAAUAAAUCAAGCAAAUUCUUUUGAAGAAGAAAUCGAAACCUGUACUGACACAGAGAGUACAGAAGAAGAAGAAGAAGAAGUAGAAGAAGAAGAAGAAGAAGAAGAUCAGGGAGGAGAAAUAGAACUUGAAAUUAUCAGAGUAAAAAGGAUAAAGGGCAGGAUCAAGACAGAGAAGACAGCUACUCGCUUCUCGAAAACCAAGAGAAUUAUGACCCCUCAGCAGUCCAACAGCAUGUGGAUACUACUAAUAGUAAUCUUAAUUUUUGACCGCUUACUAUCGAAUUAA